AUGGAAGUCGCAUUUAAAAGACAACAGCUGAAGAUAAUUAUUGUUACAUUGGUUUUGGUGGAAUUAUCAAUUAUCCAAGCAGUUGAGUAUAAAUUAAUUGAGUUUCUAAUGAUUACUUCCAUAAAAUGUUUUUGCCAGAAAACUACAAUCGAAAAAAUUGAAAUUUCGCAAAAUAAAUCAAUUGUUGAAUUUCAACAUUUGCUGGACGAGUUUGAAAAUGGUUCAUUUCUAUUGAACAUGAGCGUCACUAUCUUUGUAAAGCUGCAGAAUGUAUUCAUUCAACAUGCUAUUAAUGCUCGAAACAGUAAAGGAAAAUAUGAACCAUUAAUUGGAAAAGGUGUUACAGAUAUUUGUAAAUAUCUUAACAAAGGGAAAGGCAAUAAAUUGAUUCGGGGACUUUUUGACAAAGUUGUUUUUGAACAUUUUCCAACAUCAUGUCCAGUCGAACCAGGAUUUUACUAUGCAAUACCAGGUAUACAAUUUGACGAAAAUAACAUGUUUUCUCAGUAUAUUGGAGAAGUCAAAUCUAUGCUUUCAUUGGACUUUGGUACGAAAACGAAAGGAGAAAUGAAUUAUUUCAUUAAGAUAAAAGCUUAUUUCGAAUCUAAGAAAGUCUUGGACGAGAAAAGGAACAAAACUGGAGUUUAG